AUGAGCGGUGCCCUGAAGAUCACAUUUACAGUCAUUCUGAGUGUGGAAUUUAUAAUUGGCAACUUUGGGAAUGGACUCAUAGCAGUGGUGAACAUUCUGGCCUUGGGCAAGAGAAGAAAGAUCUCUUCAGUGGAUCAGAUCCUCACCGCUCUGGCCAUCUCUAGAAUUGGGCUGCUGUGGUUAGUAUUACUGAAUUGGUGGCUGUCUGUGCUUUAUCCAGGGAGAUGGAUCAAUGAAAGAAUGGUUGGGAUAAUACACAGUCUCUGGACAACAUUCAACCAGUUAAGCCUCUGGUUAGCUACAAGCCUCAGCAUCUUUUGCUGUUUCAAGAUAGCCAAUUUUUCCAACACCAUUUUUCUCUAUUUUAAGGUCAGAGUUAAAAAAGUGGUGACAGUGACAUUGUUUGUGUCUUUGUUUCACUUGUGUUUAAACAUUAUAGUUAUUAAUGCACCUGAGGAUAUUUCAGUCACUGAGUACAAGGUAAAUAUGUCUUACAGCUUGAGUUUGAAUGACACAGAGAUUUCCAUUCUAUGGUUUUUAUUUGCCAACACCAUGUUCGCGUUCAUACCCUUUGUUGUUACCCUGGUCACUUUUCUCCUGCUCAUCUUCUCAUUGUGGAAGCAUCUGAGGAAGAUGCAGCACAGUGCCCAAGGAUGCCGAGAUGCCAGCACCACGGCCCACAUCAGAGCCUUGCAGACAGUGAUUGCCUCUCUCCUCCUGUAUGUGCUUUUCUUUUCAUCUCUUGUUGCUUACCUUUGGGGGUCUCUGCUUCUGAAGAAAAAGGUGAUGCUUUUGUUCACACAGGCUGCAAGAAUUGCUUUUCCUGCAGUGCACCCCUGUGUUCUGAUUCUGGGAAAUACUAAGUUGAGGAAGGCUUUUCUCUCCAUUCUGCUGUGGCUGAGGUGCAGGCACAAAGAAGGGGACCUUGGGGUGCAGAGAGCCAGGGCUUAA